UUAACACUGGCAACAAUGCAAUUGGUAGUUGAGCUAACCUAGAAAUGCCAGUUCUUCAUUUAUAAAAUUAGAGAAUUUUUUAUCAUAUGAAUUUUUACUUUAUAAUCUGCGCAUCAAAGUGAAAAAUUGUGGAAGAUGAAUGCUAACAUUUAAGUAAACAUUUUUAAAUAAUAAAAUCUUUAUCACCGGUAGCGUGGAUGAUUAUGAUUGACAUUAUUCAAGGUUAUGGCAAUGGUUGACUAAUAUUGUCGCCGUGAAUCUUUUAUAUAGAAUGCUCUUUUGGUUGUGAUGGUUUCAAUUAAAAAUAAACCUCUUUUGCAUAAUUAAAGGCUAGCAAAUUAUUGGUUGGAAAUGGAGUCUGCAGCUAACAAAAUAAGUGAUAAUAUUGAGCAAGACAAAGUUAAUGUAUCAACAGAUCCGAAUGAAGCAAUCAUGGAAGAAAGUACACAAAUAUUAAAUGAACCAAAUAUAAAAUUUAAUGAAAAAUAUGAUCAAUCAAAUAAUGAAAUAGCAUCUGUUGAAAGUACAGAACCACUUUCUAAAGAUGUCACACAAAUUGCAAAAUUUUCAGAAGUAAGUAGGUCAAAAAAUACAAAUCAAACUGUAGUUAACGAUGUCGAACUAGAUCAAAUUCAAGCUUUAGAAAACAUAAAGGAUAAACAGGGUGAUAAAAAAAACUGUAUUCUAAAUAAAGAAGAUAAUAUAAAUGAAAAAUUUAGUAAAAAAAAUGAAAAAACCAAUAAAGAUGAAAUCAAUAAAAGUGAAUUAGAAACUAAUCAGUGUGAUAAAAAAACGAAUUUAAAUAAAAAUCAAUUGAAUAAAGAUAGAGAAGAUUUCAAUAAAAAUCUAGAAACUUUGAGUAAAAAGGAAAAGAAUUCUAACAAAAUGGAUUCCAAUUGUGAUGAGACUGAGAAAAAAAAUAAAGAUAAUGUUGAAACUGGCAACAAUUCAAAACAGUCAUUGCAAGGUAAAAUAUCAGAACAAACCUUAGAAUGCUUUAAUAUGGAUAUAGAUAAUGUAAAUGUAAAAGAUCUGAGAAAUGAAAAAAAUGAAGAAGUUGAAAACACUGAAUUUAUUCAAAUCAGCCAAGAUAAGGAAGAUACUCAAAUUGAAAAUCAGCCUGAGGCUGAAGAUCCAUUUAGUUCAGAUAAUCUCAAUAUUCGAAUCGAUAGUGUUGAAUCAAUGGAAAUAGACUGUGGAAAUGAAAAACGUUUAAAACUUAAUGAACAUUUCAAGUUAAAAGAGAAGGAACAUUUGCGUUCUAACCAAAAUAAAGCAAAGGUUAAUAAAGGAGAAAAAUUAUCUGAAGAAUCUUCUGAAAAAAAAGGUGAUAGCACUUCAACUGAAGUCUUACCAGGACAAGAUGAUGAAAUUUGCAUAAUUCCUGAUAGUACAAAAUUAAAUAAGACUAAUGAAAACAAUAAAAUAAGUAAUGAGAACAAUUCAAAGGAAGAAAAAGAAAUGGUUAUUGAAGGACAAAUACAAAAUAUAGAUAAAGUCUUGGAAGAAAAUAAAAAUUGUAAUAAAAUACUGCAUUCAGAGUUAAUUAAAAAGGUUAAAGAAGACGCUAUUCUAAAAGUAUCUGCAUUAACUACUAGGAAAAAUGAUAUUCAAGUAAAUGCUGAUAAAUCAUCCGAUGGACUAUCAAUAGUUACUUCAAAUAUUAUUGAAGUAGAUGAUGAUGCUAAAAAUCCAGAAAUAGAAGAAAUUUUAUCUAAAGAAGUAUGUAAACAAUGUAAAGAAGAAAAAACUUGUAUGAUAAAAGUAAAAGUAGGUACAAAAAGUUACAAUGUUUGUUCAGAUAUGUGCAAACUAGCUUUUAUAACUGAUAAUAAUAAAGCUACAGACAUACCCAGCGAAGCAGUAAAUUCUAAAAGAGAAAAACGUUGUGCAAAUUGUCUUUUAAUUGUAGAAGCAAAAGAUGAAAGAAAUUUAUCGUGGGAAACAAUGGAAUUUUGCAAUGAAGAAUGCUUGGGAAAAUUUCAAAAUAAAUAUGGAAGCUAUUGUCGAAAUUGUAAUGGGUUUGUGCAACCUGUUAGUUUAGGAAAAUAUUGUGUACGUUUUGGGUACGAUGUUAGACAAUUUUGUUGUUCAACUUGUCUAGAGGAAUUUAAAAAGGGAUUGAAAGUGUGUAGUUAUUGUCAAAAAGACAUAAGUGCUGGUACAGAAGGAUUUUUGGCUCCUGUUGGUGAUAAGGGACAAUUUAAAGAUUUUUGCACUCAAGAUUGUAUGGAAAAAUACUCAAAGAUGAAUUCCUCUGAAACACCAGUACCUGAAAAAAAAGUUUGUGGUGUUUGUCAAGAGGAAAAAGUCAUUUAUUGUGAAGUUCAGAUUGACAGAAAUCCAUCAGUACCAAUUUGUAGCGAACCUUGCUUCGCUGCCUUUAAAUUUGUGAAUAAAGCAGAUCCAGAUCAAUGCUCUACAUGCAAAAAGUAUUUUCAGUUACCUACAAAAAAAGGUUUUGUUGUAUUUUAUGAAGAUGAAGCUCAUACUUUUUGUAAUAAAACAUGUUUAAAUGUUUUUAUCAUUACAAAUCGAAAGAUUGUUCCUUGUAAUUGGUGUAAAGUAAAAAAGUACAAUUUCGAUAUGAUUAAGAAGGAAUUAAAAAUUGGCCAAAUUAUGAUGAUGUGCAGUUUAAAUUGCUUAACUUUAUAUCAGGUGUCGAUCAACGCGGUCUCGGCACGCCGCAUCAACUGUGACUAUUGUAAAGAAUACUCACAAGCCCAAUAUCACCUAACAAUGUCCGAUGCAACUAUAAGGAACUUCUGCUCCUAUAAAUGCGUUAUGAACUUCCAAGCUCAGUACACUAAAUCGCCAAUAACGAUACCCACUAGUGACUCGAAUACUGAUCCUGUGCCCACGGGCAUACCGAAGAGAGCUAUUGCAUCAGCACCGACAUCCGCUACAUCCGCAGCCACGUCGGUAGCGACGGCAGCUCUACCCUCGACCUCGGUCACCGCGCAAUUACCUCGACCUAUACAACCUGCGCCUCCACCUGAUCAAACCCCGAAGAAGACACUACCCGUAAUAUCGUCGGUAACGAGCCUCGCAGCGAUUGCAAACGGGCAAACUCAAAAUAGCGUACAACAGACCAUCGGCACCCCUAUGCAGCCCAUUACUCUACAAGGCACCCAUUCUGUGAUCUACAAACAGCAGGUGGUGACACGACCGACGUCGCCGGUCGAAGUUGGCAACAAGAUGACACAGUGCAAGCCUCAGGUGCAUACGAAGGGUGUCUCAGUACGUCCAAUACCCUGCAGCCAAUCGAGCCAGACCGAUGGCAUCGACCGCUUGGUGCUACCGAUACCCGUGCCUCUCUACGUCCCCUUUCCCGUACAUAUGUACAGCAUGCCAUUCCCUGUACCCGUUCCCAUACCUAUACCCAUACCUGUACCCAUCUUCAUACCAACGACGCGCAACAGCGCUAAGGGGAUAUUCAAGGAGAUUAAGCGGAUACAGGAGAAAAUACCGUCUGACCCUUUCGAAGCCGAGCUGCUCAUGAUGGCAGAGAUGGUAGCUACAGAAAAGAAGAACGAGAGCGACUCGGAUUCAAACGACGAUGCGAGGGAGGACGGUGACAUAAACGACGGGCCGCACACGGACACGUACAGCCCGGAAGGCGUCGACUCGUCGAAUGCCUUCGGCGAUGACAUGCUCCAAAUGGCCUUGAACAUGGCAACCGGUGAUCUGGACGAGUCCGCAGUUGAUCUCGAAACCGCCCUCACGCCAAACACUAUACAAACGCCUCAGCGCUCGCAAAAUGACGUGCCUACGGAGAAUGACGUUCAACCGGACAGGGUACAUGCACCAAGGGGGCGAAAGCGCGGUACGUCGUAUAAAACUCGUUCCAUUCCAAACAAAAAGGGUAGACGAACUUCAAGUGUAAACGACGUUACAACUUUACUACCGACGGAUUCUCAACCCCCAAGCCAACCUAGGUUCAUUGAGCCCAUCGAAAAGCCCGACGCUAAUAUGGCAUUAAAAUACACAUUCGGCAUUAAUGCUUGGCGUCAAUGGGUUAUUACAAAAAAUGCUGAAUUAGAGAAGCAAAAUACAUCGACAAGAAAAUUAAAAUUAUUUAAAACAGAUCUUCUUCAACUUACAGCAGAUGAAUUAAAUUAUUCACUUUGUUUAUUCGUAAAAGAAGUUCGAAAACCAAACGGCGCAGAAUACGCACCAGAUACAAUAUAUUAUUUAUGCUUAGGAAUUCAACAAUAUUUGUUUGAAAAUAAUAGGAUAGAUAAUAUUUUUACAGAUGCAUAUUAUGAAAAAUUUACAGAUUGUCUUAACGAAGUUGCCAAGAAAUUUACUUCUCUUUAUAACGAUGCAUUGUACGUUGUUACGAGAGUAGAAGAAGAGCAUUUAUGGGAAUGUAAGCAACUAGGCGCCCAUUCCCCACAUGUUUUGCUUAAUACCCUUAUGUAUUUUACUACGAAGCAUUUCAAUUUAGUGUCUGUUGAGGAACAUAUGCAGCUUUCCUUUUCUCAUAUAAUGAAACACUGGAAACGAAAUCCAGCUGCUCAACCAGGUGCAGUUGCAAGUAAAAUGCCUGGAUCAAGAAAUGUAUUAUUAAGAUUUUAUCCACCACAAUCUACUCUGGAAGCUAAUUCAAAAAAGAAAAAAGUUUACGAGCAGCAGGAAAAUGAAGAUAACCCAUUACGGUGUCCUGUAAAAUUAUAUGAAUUUUAUCUUUCUAAAUGCCCUGAAAGUGUAAAAACGAGAAACGAUGUAUUUUAUUUAUUGCCAGAACGAAGUUGUGUACCUGACAGCCCAGUAUGGUAUUCAACAUCUCCAUUAGCUAAAGAACAUCUAAUAAAAAUGCUCUAUAGAAUUAAAAUGGUAAAAGAAAUAAAUGUGGCUCUUUUAUCAUGUUGAUUAGUUUAUCAAUUUUUAUCUUGUUUAAACGAUUGUUUCAUUUUUAUUUUA